AACUUCUGUAUAGGAUGGCGGAGGUUCAUAUUAUUGGUAACCUAGAUGGCGGUGAAGGAUUUUCCUCCCCAAAUUUGUCAUGCAAAUGGUGUUUUGAAACUGGAGGAGCUUGGAGACUCUUAGAAGGAGUCAAAGACGGUCAAACUCAGGUUGAUCAUCCUAUAGAUGAGGGAAUAGCACACUGGUCUCAUCCCAUAGAUCUACACUACGCUAUAAAGGGGAUCCAGGGCUGGCCCAAACUCUCACUCCAGGUAUACAGUGAAGAUAUGUACGGCAGAACCCAACUAGUUGGGUAUGGUUUUGUACAUUUACCCACCUCUCCUGGAUUUCACAAGAUUGAGUGUCCUACUUGGCAACUGGCAGGAAGUGCGAUGGAUCAAGUACAAUCAUAUUUCGUUGGCAGUGGGCCUCAGCUUAUUAAUGAUGACGUCAUAGCAUCUGGCUCAGACCGAUAUAGAUUACAGACAAUCGCCUCAGGGACUGUUUACCUUUCUUUAUUUCUUGUGACAAGGAACUUUAACAAGUUUGGUAUAGAAUCGUGAAAUUUUCAUAAGUAUAACUCUUAAAGUGGAAAUGCUGGGAAAAUUUGCUUUUUAUAGCUGGAAGUGCUGGGAAUAUUUGCUAUUACACAGAGAAUAGAGAUUGAUGUUGUAUUUUGUAUAUGCUGACGGAUUUUUAUUGACCUACUCUGUAAUCAUCAGAAGUUUUCCAUUUUUACCUGACGUCUCAGUUAUUUUGACCAAAUUUAAUGCUGACAAAUUUAUUAAUCUUAUUUUUGUACGCUUCUUGUGAUGAUAUUUGAAUAUUUAACGUUUAA